UUAAGGUAUUGUCCAAACAUACAGUUGCUGUUAGGUUGAGAAAUAAUACGAAUUAUUAUGUUCAGUUGCUACUUGAUCAUUCGGCGAAAUGAAAUUAUGCGAAAAAUUGGUUGGGAAAGACAUUCGGCAAUGAUUUAGAGAACCGUGUAUAGUAUGAGUACAGAUACGUGUAUGAAUAUGAGUUUGAGUAUUAGUAUGGGUCAAUGUUAGGGUAUUGACACUAUAUUAACAUAGAAUACGUAUAUGUAUAUGGUAUAGGUAUGAGUUACGAGUAUGUUAUAGGUAGUAUAGGUACGAUUAUGGUAUGAGUAUGAAAUAUAUAUGUAUAUGAGUAUUAGUAUAGGUAUAGGUUACGGUAUAGGCAUAGGAUAGGUAUAGUAUGGUAUAGGUACGAGUUACGAGUAUUGUAUGGGUAUGAGUGCGAAUAGAGUAUAGUAAGAGAACCGUAUGGUAUUAUAGGUAUGAGUGUAGUAUGGGUAUAAGAACUGUCGCACGGCGAGGCAGUGAAUUAUUCAACUUUUAAUUUAUUUACCUAUAAGCUUAAUAGUAUUGUAUGCAGACGCUUCUGCUCAAUACAAAAUUAAUAUAAUGACUUGGCAAUCGCACACAACGCUUUGCUCGUACUCAUAUGUAUGUAACGUAUGUGUAUUGCUCAAACUGCAUGCCAAGUCAUUAUAUGAAUUUACAAAUAAAGAUAUCUAAUAUUGAUUAGAAGACCUAUGCGAUGGACUGACAAAAUCUGAUCUCGAAUCGCUAAUCUUGGUGCGAGAUUGCAUUCCCUAGUUGCGAGACUUCCAUCUUUUUAGUUACAACAGGCCAAUUCAAAUUUGAAUUAUGCUGGAAUUAUGGCAUCAACAUAAUAUCAAGUUCGCGCCAAUGCAUGUACGGAGUAAGGACAAGUAUUUACGAGCGAAAUGCACGCGCAACUGACAUAAUUCAGCUAUCAUUUUGAUGUCACUAUGUACGUAAGUUUGAAUUGGCCUUAAGUACCUGAUGGUUAUACACAAUCGCUCGAAAAUGUAAAUAGUUUACUUUAGAAUUUGCAAUGUAGUUGUUAGGUAGGUGCUAUAUUAAUAUUCAGUUCACUAAGGUGUAUUCUAGUAUUUAGAUAUUUCAGUAUAAUUAUAUUGAAGGGCAUCUAUUUGCGACGAUGUUUAAUCACAGGGAAAGGUAGAUAACGUGUAAAUAUUCGAAAUAAUCGUCAUCGACACUAAUCAGCGGCUUAUCACUGCGGGAAUUUAUCAGCGAAGCUACGAAUAGUCGUAUCCUAGCCAUUGUUCACCUUAUGUUUACUGGCGUACCAUCAUCAGUGUUAUUUAUUUAUUUAAGGUACUGAAUAAAUUUGUUUCAAGUAUUGAUGUUUAGUUUUAUAGUGUAUUUCAAAAGUGCAACCGAAUAAAAAUAGUGAUUUAUUGCUGUGUUCCCAUUACCAGUGAGCAAUGAAGGGACGGAGCACAGCGCGCGUAACCGGCGCCGGCACCAAGUUCCGCCUGCUGAUGUGGAAGAACUUCCUGCAGCAGUGGCGGCACCGCGUCCAGACGUGCGUGGAGGUCAUACUGCCCGUGUUGACCCUGGCGCUGGUACUCAUCCUGCGCUCGCAGAUAGAACCCACGGUAGAAAGCGUUAUGACCUACCCAGCGUUACCUGCGCACACAUUGAAUUAUUCGUUAAAUGUUCUCGCAGGCAUGAAUUUCAGUCAGUUGUCCAUCGCAUACUCGCCUGAGAGCCCCGUCCUCGAAAGAGUGAUGAGAAGGGCGACUGCUAAAUUAAUUACUCGAAACCUAAAAGGCCUGAUACAGAUGAUACUAGAUCAAUAUCCAGACUAUGCUGACAUAAUACCACCCGAUCUAGAACUACCGGAUUUAUCAGAAAUUCCUAUAAAUGGAACACUUAUUACUGAGAUUAUUGAGAGAAUCGUUGGGUUAAGAGUAUAUGCUUAUAAUAGCAGUGAAAGUUUGAGAGGCCUGUAUUCGUCAGAAGAAGUAACAAGGCAUGUUAUAGCAGGGGUGGAGUUUGAUGACGAGCUUACUGGUGCCACCCAGCUGAGCAGUAACUUACGAUAUUCCCUGAGAUUUCCGGAGAGACCGAGACAAUUUGCAUUUUACUCGCGAGGGUCACAGUCGUGGCACACCGACUUGACGUUUCCAUCAUUUCAAAUUCCCGGUCCGAGGAACCCGUAUUCUUGGGAAGGUGGCAAUGCUCCAGGAUACGUAAACGAAAUGUUCAUAGCGAUUCAGCAUUUAAUAUCGAUGGAGCUCAUAGCUGAGGUUACUGAACAAGACUUUGGCAACUUCAGUGUGGCUAUACAGAGAUAUCCCCACCCUCCGUACAUACUGGACUUGGCCGUGGAAGCCUUGCAGUUCCUGAUGCCGAUGUUCAUAAUGAUCAGCUUUAGCUACACUGCUGUAAACAUCGUCCGGGCUGUUACCGUUGAAAAAGAACUGCAACUUAAGGAAACUAUGAAGAUUAUGGGACUUCCCACUUGGUUACACUGGACAGCGUGGUUUUUUAAACAAUUUAUUUAUCUCCUGAUCAUAGCGAUUCUAGUUGUGAUUCUAGUUAAGAUCAACUGGUUUACGAACGAAGAGGGUUUUAGCGAUUACGCUGUAUUUACGAAUACGCCAUGGUCAGUGCUUCUUUUCUUCUUACUGUUGUACUUAGCCUGCACGAUAUUCUUUUGUUUUAUGGUCAGCGGGUUCUUCUCUAAAGGUAGCACAGCAGCCUUAUUCUCUGGAGUGAUCUGGUUCCUGACGUACCUGCCAGCUUUUAUGCUAUUGAUGGACGUUCAGGUCUCGUCGGCUGUGCAAGCGAUCUUCUGCCUCAGCAUCAACACUGCCAUGGCGUUUGGAUUUCAGCUUAUACUUGCCAAAGAAAGUGCUGGAGGUAUGCAAUGGGGCCAAUUCUGGGAAGUGACCGAUCUGGAUUCAAAUCGUUUCGUGUUCGGAACCGUGGUGGUCAUGCUAGUCACCGAUUGCGUGUUGUACAUGCUGAUUGCCCUCUACUUGGAGCAGGUGCUACCCGGGCCAUACUCAGCUCCUAAGCCCUGGUAUUUUCUAUUCCAGAAAAGCUUUUGGUUGCCAAAUAGAAAAAUUACGGCAGUUGACGGUUCAGACCAUUCUAACGAUACUCCUAAUAUCAUUAUGGAAAAGGUUUGCGAAGAGCACACCAUCGGAGUUAAAAUGACGAAUUUAACGAAAGUGUACGCGAAGAACGUGGCUGUCAAUAAUUUGUGUCUAGACAUAUAUGAUGGACAAAUCACCGUUUUACUUGGACACAAUGGCGCCGGAAAAUCCACUACCAUUUCUAUGCUAACGGGCAAUACAGAAGUAACUAGCGGUUCAGUGUGGGUGGCGGGGUACGACAUCUCGCAGCAAACAGCGGCAGCCCGCGCCAACCUCGGCUUCUGUCCGCAGCACAACGUACUGUUCAACGAGCUGACCGUCAGGGAACACUUAGAAUUCUUCGGAAGACUGAAGGGUUUCACGGGCCAAGACCUUCAGGAGGAUAUUGAUACAUUGAUUACAAAGUUAGAGUUGGAUGAGAAGCGUGAUUACCAGUCGGCCGGACUCUCCGGAGGGCAGAAGCGGAGACUAUCGGUUGGUAUAGCCCUGAGUGGCGCACCACGUGUAGUGUUACUCGAUGAGCCCACCUCCGGCAUGGACCCAGCGUCUCGGCGCGCCCUCUGGGAUCUACUGCAAAAGGAGAAAAUGGGGCGAUCGAUGAUCCUCACAACUCAUUUUAUGGACGAGGCGGACAUACUUGGAGAUAGAGUCGCUAUAAUGUCGAGCGGGCGACUACAAUGCGUCGGUUCACCAUACUUCCUCAAAAGUCACUAUGGAGUCGGUUACACGCUGGUGGUUGUCAAAAGAGAAGGCUUCCAACUUGAGUCUUGUACGGAGAUCAUCGGGCGACAUAUACCAGGAAUAACGAUCAAGGAAGAUAGAGGGACCGAAGUCACAUACGCUUUAACUAACGACCAGUCGGAUUUAUUUGAAGCAAUGCUAAACGAUUUGGAGGCGAACGUCGAUACCGUUAAAUUUAAAAACUAUGGUCUGACAGCUACUACCCUCGAAGAUGUUUUUAUGUCAGUCGGCUCGGAUGUGGCUCCCACCGCUUUUGACGAUGUGGAAACUAAUACGUCUGGAUUAACUGAUGAUCUAAUAGCGGACAUGGAUAUGUUAUCAAUGGAUCAAAUGGACAAGGAACAGGACAUGCUAAGUGGGUGUCGGCUCUGGAUGCAGCACGUCUUGGCCGUCUGGUUUAAGCUGUGGCUGGUGUGGUCGCGAUCAUGGAUGCUGCUACUGAUGCAGGUGCUAGUGCCACUGCUAAUGAUCAACAUCACGCUUGGGAUUCUCCAGUGGGUCAUGUCGGUGCAGCCGACGGUCAUACCGAGGGCGCUAACGCUUGCACAAGGUUUUGUAGAAACGGAAACAGUACUCUCUUACAAUGGUACUUCGCACAACUCGAUUGGUGGACUCGCCAAGGCCGCAUACGAAUACGUGUUCAGUUCGAGUAAUAUUGAAACUAUGAAGAUUACAGUCGUGGAGAAUGAAGCCGUCGAUGACUACUAUUUGUAUAGGACUAAUGAACCCUCGCAAAUGGCAUUUCUACGAAGCCGAAUGCUCAUCGGAGCCACGUUCGAUGAGGACUCUGCCACGGCUUGGUUCAGCAACUUCGGAUACCACGAUGUGGCCAUCUCGCUGAGCGCCGUGCACCAGGCUCUGCUCAAGGCGUGGGACCCGAACGCCACUCUCAGCGUGUUCAACUACCCGCUUGAAGUUAAUUAUGUGGAUCAGAGCAACAUGCAGUCCUAUGUUGCAUAUCUUUCCAUGCAACUCUCAUCGGGCAUAGCAAGCAGUCUUGGCAUCGUGAGCGCAGUUUUCGUUAUGUUCUAUAUCAAGGAACGCAUUCUUCGAGCCAAGCUCCUUCAAAAGGCCGCUGGCAUCCAGCCGAUCGUCAUGUGGGGCAGCGCCGCGGUGUUCGACUGGGCGUGGUUCUGCAUCAUCUCUGUGACAAUCGUCAUCUCUUGUGUAGCCUUCCAGGUUAUUGGUCUCAGCACGGUUUCAGAAUUAGGUCGGAUGUACUUAGCUCUGAUGUUGUACGGCGCCGCGAUGCUGCCGCUGCACUAUCUAAUGUCGUUCCUGUUCAGCGGGCCUGCAAUGGGCUUCGUCGCCGUGUUCUUCAUUAACGUUCUAUUGGGUCAAAUGGGUCCACAGAUCGUGGAGGCGCUACUAUCUCCUCAGUUAGACACGGAGCACGUGGCGGAGAUCCUCGACUACAUAUUGCAGAUAUUCCCGCUCUACAGUCUCAUCAGAUCCAUCACAUUUCUAAGCCACGUAGGCUUGACGGAGUGGUCGUGCUUGCAAGCAUGUGAUUACCUAUCAGCCGUCUUGCCCAUUGGCGAGUGCUCCAUGCAGACCAUGUGCCAUUAUAACUACACUGCUUGCUGCGUACGAGACGACCCCUUUUUCGAGUGGGAAGAGCCUGGCAUUCUGCGCUACCUGACUUGCAUGUUGGUUUCCUGCGUGGUCUUCUGGACCGUGCUCAUGUUCAUUGAAUACGAUGUAUACCACAAGAUCUUUAACUGGACGAAAACCCCACCGCCUCUCGACGAAAGCACCAUAGACCCUGACGUUGUAGCCGAGAUGAAACACGUCGAGCAAAUCAGCAAGGCCAACUUAACACAGCAGAGCCUUGUGGCUAAGGGCCUAUCGAAAUACUACGGGAAGCAUUUAGCUGUCAAUCAGGUUUCUUUCACGGUGGCAGAUGGGGAAGUAUUUGGUCUCUUGGGGGUGAACGGCGCUGGCAAGACGACUACCUUCAAAAUGCUGAUGGGCGACGAAACCAUCUCCAGUGGAGACGCCUUCGUUAGUGGCUACUCUGUGAAAACAGAUAUCAAUUCUGUACAUGAGAAUAUAGGGUACUGCCCGCAGUUCGACGCUGUUUUCGGCGAGCUGACGGGCCGGGAGACGCUACGACUGUUCACUAUGCUACGCGGUCUGCCGACCCAGUACGCCUCCAUGCGAGCGGACCUGCUCGCAGACUCGCUAGGCUUCACCAAGCACCUAGAUAAGCGGGUAGAGCAGUACUCGGGAGGUAAUAAACGAAAGCUUAGCACGGCUAUAGCGUUGCUUGGAUUCACGCGACUUGUAUUCGUGGACGAGCCAACGACGGGAGUAGACCCUGCAGCUAAGCGACAGGUCUGGCGUGCCAUUCGCGGCGCGCGGCGCGCGGGACGCGGCGUGGUGCUGACGUCACACAGCAUGGAGGAGUGCGAGGCGCUCUGCUCGCGGCUCACCAUCAUGGUCAACGGCAACUUCCAGUGUCUCGGCACGCCGCAACACUUGAAGAACAAGUUCUCUGAAGGAUUCACAUUAACGUUAAAAAUGAAAAUGGACGAGGAAAGUACGGAUUCAAUAGCUGGCGCGCGCGGCAUUGCUGCGGUAAAGCGUUACGUAGAGACCAAUUUCACCGCUCCCAAGCUAAUGGAAGAGUACCAAGGCUUACUAACUUACUACCUGCCAGACAGAAGCGUUGCGUGGUCCAAAAUGUUCGGCACAAUGGAACGCUGCCGGCAAGACCACGACGUGGAGGACUAUACCAUCUCACAAACCACGUUGGAACAAAUAUUCCUGCAGUUUACAAAGUACCAAAGAGAAAUGACAGAAAGGUUAUAGUAUAAGUACGACAAUGACUUCGUGUCUUCAAUACAGUAAUGGAAUCUUUUAUUCUUGGCAGUGAAUGAAUUAUACUUAACUACCAAGUUGGUGCAAACUUAGCGUGGUCGGAGUCUAGGUACUCCUCAUGGGAAAAUCAGAUGUGAUUUCCGAUAGCUGAUUUUCUGGUUUCUUUAAGAUAAGUAAUUGGUGCUAUACUCCAGUGUUUCUUAUGGAUGCCGGGCGUCCCGAAGAGAAAGCCUAGUGGUAUUAGACUUCCCCCUGUAUAUCGGUGAGAAAUUCGAUUCCUGCAUUAAGUACACGAAAGCAUCGUUAAUCUAGUGUGUUCAUACAUAAAAUCAUAGAAGUAAGCUAAUACUAACAGCAACCCUCUAACCCUUUUUCACGCAUACUUAGUACGAUUUAUCUACCACAUACGCCAAUAGAAUUUCAACUUUAGUAUUCCGAUUUAAGGUUCAAAUUAUAUUGGACUUUAGGAAAAGGUGACCUGUCUUCAAAUGAGUCAACAAAGAUGGAUUAAUUCAUUCAGUUAUUAUUACUAUAGAGAAGCCAUACCAAACAAUCAAACUGUCGCAAUCGCAGCCUAUGACACGCGACCAAAACGUAAGUGCCGUAAAAAAUUAAUGGCGCUUACGCGUUUAGGUCGCGAGAUUAACGGUUCGCUUCUAUGAUUUGUUGUCAAAACAACAACUCAUGGCGCCAAAUACUGGUUCUCUGUACCGGUUCUAUAAUCUAUACGUAGUAAUAAUAGUUCAAUGGAUUAAUUUGAAUAUAUUUGAAUUUUUUGGAAAACCUUGUAGAUUGGUGCGGCCUGGAAAAGGGCUCCACUGACCAUUAGUGAACCUUAUGGCUUUGCAAUAGGGUUUAAGAAUCAUCAGUUAUGUGAACGAUAGUUGAUGAUUGUAUAAACUCCGACUAAGGUCUGCACCGACUGUGAAGUGCCAAUGUAAUGGUGCUCCCACAUUGGCUGUUAUAAAAUGUUAUAUAACAUCGUGUGACACGGACAAUAUGCCCCGUCACACAAUGUUAUAUAACAUUUUAUAAGAGCCACUAUGGGGGAGGGAAUGCAAUGUCAAUCUCGAAAUCGCGAGAUCACGCAUGAAAAAUUUGUGUCAAUGAAGUUUAGAUUUCGACCGUCAGAAUUUCGAGAUCGAGAUUGGCAAAGUAAUUAAAAAUACAGUUAUUUUCAUCAACAAUCCAUUAGAACCAGCAAAUUUUGGUUCGAGAUUACUUUCCUAACUGCAAACAAUUAUUUUCAUAGGAAUAUGACGUUUAUUGUUGCACUUCCAGUCCUGUCCGUGCAGUUAGCUUAGUCCGCUCUAGCAACUUUUCGCCAAAAGUUAUGUAAAUAAUUUAUAGUCGCUAAUUUUAGAAAAUUGAAUUGCUAGAAUUCAUGACAAACACAUGAACUGAAUGAAUUCUAGCAAUAACAUUUACUUUUUUUUUAUAUACCACGACAGUGGCAAACAAGCAUACGGCCCGCCUGAUGGUGAGUAGUCACCGCAGCCUAUGGACGCCUGCAACUCCAGCCGUGUUACAUGCGCGUUGCCGACCCUUUAAAAACUUGUACACUCCUUUUUGGAAGAACCCCAUACUGUAGACCCU